CGAGGCCGACCAGCUGCUGGACAUGGGUUUCCGCCCAGCCAUCGAUAAGGUACUCUCGUAUCUGCCCAACAAGGAGACCCGCCAGGGGGUGGGGCCCGCGGAUUCUCGGCGACGUUCCCGCAGCAGGUCAACGCGAUCGCCCAGGCGGCGCUGAGGUGUACGGGGAAGGGGAAGUAUCAGAUGAUCGACACGAUCGGCGACGAGGAAGUGCCCACGCACAAGAUCCCGCAGUCUCACCUGGUGACCAGCAUCGAGGAGCAGAUGCCCGCGGUGAUGUGCGCCCUUGCCCAGCACGCGAAGGCCCCCGACCACAAGAUCAUCGUCUUCUUGCCCACCGCGCGGCAGACGCAGCUGUUCGCAGAGGUCUUUAACGCGCUGGUGGACCUCAGGGUCUUCAAGUCCAAGUGCCUCGAGAUCCACUCGCGCAAGUCGCAGCCGCAGCGCACGAGGGCGUCCGCAGACUUCCGGGACGCCAGCAAGGCCAUCCUGUUUUCUAGCGACGUCUCCGCCCGCGGCAUGGACUACCCCGACGUCACUUUCGUCUUACAGUGCGGUGCUCCCAGCGACAAGGCC